GAUUGUUUUUCUGUCACGUCUGUGCACGGAUAGUAAGCUAGCGGAUAAUGCAAACAUAAACUAAUAUAAAGAAUUCGGAUUGAAGCUAAAGGCGGUACAGCUUAAUACGGGAAGGUUUGAUAAUGGUGACCGAUAUUUUCCUUUUGGACUAUUCAUUCGUGAAAAUGUGUUGCGGCCCUUCCCGCGAUGACACACGAAUUGGGUAACGCAAGCUAACUAACAUUAGCAACAGCCUGCUAAUUUUAACGUUCCAUAAGGCCGCUGUUAAAUAACGACGAGAGCUGCUUCCUGUUCAAGCUUCACCGAGAAUGUGGGCUACAUUACUAUUCAAGUAACGACUUCGCAAUGGAUAUAUAAUCAGCUUGUUGAGCGGACCUAUUGAUUGCAUUCACGUUUGUUUUAGUUGAGUUUUUGGGUCUAUCUGGCUUGUUAGCUAUUUGGCUAGCUAACGUUAGCUAGCAUGAGUGAACUGACUGACUGCAAACAGUCCGCUGACUCUGCAUCGAGGAAGAGGUGUCCAUCACCCGACCAGGAUGAAGGCGGCACGAUUCCUCACAAGUUUUCCAAAGUAAGUGACGCGUCAAAUGAAGCGGGAGUUACUUCGGAAAGUUGCAAAAACAAUGAAGAUGACAAUAAAGAAGUAACUGGAAGCGAGAGCCAGUCAAAAGAUAACGUGGAAGGAGCGGCUGCCGUACAAACAGAUCAGAAUCCAGAUGACACCAGUACACUGCCUGCCAACAGAUCCCAAGGUGACGGUAACGAUGACAGCAACGCCGAAAAACCACAACCUUCAGAUACACCGGGACCUGCUGCCUCAAAAGAAGCUGCAGAGAAGACAACAGGGAUCGAGCAGCGUGCUCCUCUGGACCAGUCCGACUCAGCAGCCAUAGCAGCAGCGGAAGCACUUGCCAGUCUCACAGGAGGAGACGGGGAAGACAGUCAAGAGACUCCUUGCUCAUCUGAAAAGGCUAAACAGGUGAAACCGGGGAGCAAAUUCAGACAACGUGGGGGCCAUCAGUCCUCCAGAGCGGGCUCUAAAACACAGGCAGCUGCAGCAGAUAGCUCCACAUCUGUGCAUAGUACUGACAGAGAAGAUGCAGAUGACGUGCACGAAGCAGAUGAAGGUGAUGAGUCCAUAUCUGGCUCUUCAUCCACACCGAGCUCCUCUUUCCCAUCAGAAAAUGAGGACAAUGAUGAUGGAGAGUGUGCCAUUGUGUCAGUUAAGAUGGCCCCUGAGAUGAGACAGUCAGUGGCUCUCCUGGCGCAGGUACAGAUGAGGCUGGAAGCUCUCGAGAAGAAAAGCGCCCGGCUCCACCAACGGCUGGAGCUGAAGAUGAGUCGUCAGCGACGCCCGCAUCUGGAUCAGCGCAGCUCCAUCACGAAAACUAUCCCAGGCUUCUGGGUGACAGCUCUGUUGAACCAUCCUCACCUCUCAGCUCAUAUCGAUGAGACCGAUGAAGAUGCUCUUAGUUACAUGACUGACCUUGAGAUCGAGUCGUUCAAGAGUAACAAGCUGGGCUACAGGAUUCGCUUCCACUUCAGACGGAAUCCGUAUUUCCAGAACAACAUCAUUAUGAAGGAGUUGCACCUUGCGAUUGCAGGAUCUCCCAUGUCUUUCUCCAACCCCAUCCUGUGGCAUCGUGGACACAACCUGACAGCCCAUAGCGAACCCAGGAAAUCAUCGCAUGGGGUGUACCAGACCUUUUUCAGCUGGUUCAGUGAUCAUAGCAACCCAGGACAAGAUGACGUAGCACGGAUACUUAGGGAUGACCUGUACCGAGACCCGCUGAGAUACUACCUCACUCCGCUCUGGGAGCCGAGGGAGAACGGCAGUAGUGGCAGUGGGGCCAGAGCAGCUGGCAACGGUAAUAGAGACGAGUGUGUUGUAAUCUCAGACUCGGAUGAUGAGCCUGGUGAGGAAGCUGGUGAGGCUGAACAAGGCCAUAGCAGGGAGCAGGAAGAGGAGGAGGAGGGGGAGGAAGAAGAAGAAGAGGAGGACGAGGAGGAGGAGGAUGACGACAGAGGGCCGAGCGCAGGAAAUAUCUCCUCCUCAGAUGAGAGUCCAGAGAAGGAGGAUGAUGAUGGAGAAAUUGUGAUCGACGGCUCUGAUGACAGCGAGCAGCAACAGGAGGAGGAGGAGGCCUAAGAACAAGUGAAGAGGAAGGCGAGUCAUCAAGGGACCAGAGACCAGGAAGAUGAAGAGGAUGCUGAGGUCAAUGGAGAGAGUACCAGAGCAAACGGAUCCCUUCUUCCUGAUGUUACUCAUUUUUAUGCACAGAGUAUCUUGUUUUUGUUUCUUUUCUACCUAAAGUACAUAGAAGCAUUUAAAAUCAGGGUUAACUAUAAUAAUAAAGCCAAGGUAUCACGU